UUAAUUUUUUUCCACUCUCUGUAACAGUCUCACUACUACUAGUCUUAAGCAAAACCGUUACAUUAAACUCCUUUCUCUUCACUUUCCCUCUAUUCUUUUCCCUCUGCUACCAUUUUCCGUUGUUCAUUUCAGCACUUUCAGCUCAUUUUCGUCUCUUUGAAUCUCUUUAUAAGGUGAGUUCAGUGCUGAUUCAAAUUGAUGGACCCAGAAACAAAAAUUGCUCCGGUGGAUGAGAGUCCAAACAUGUUCUUAUAUAGCCAUUCCGAGGUUGACCAAGAUUUAUCUUAUUUGUCUGCCUUUGAAGAUGAAGUUACAAGAUUGCAACAUUAUUUACCUGAAUGUAGCAUGGACUGUUUGGAUGGUACCGUUGAUUUUGAAACAUUCAAUUCACUAAAAGGCUUCAAUAUUGGAAGUUUUUCAUGUGCAUUCAAGUAUGAUCAGAUAAAGUUUGAUGGCGAUGCGCUGGAAUUGUAUUUUGCACAAGAAGGAGAGGAAACAAAGGGGAAUAGCAAGAGAAUGCUAGUCACUAAUGAGAAGACCGUUAUUGGAGACUUCAGCCUUCAUUCCACAUGCGAGGAAACUAUAUUGAAUACUGAACCAGUUGAUGAAGUUCCAAAUUUGAAUUACAGUUCAUGGGAAAAAUCCUGUCUAGGUGGUGUGGAUUUAGAAAGCAACUCCCCGCAUUUCAAAGAAAGAGAUUGUCAUGCUGAAAUGUCUGAUUUAUCUUCUUCAAGGGUAAUGCUACUUGAAUCUACAUAUGACAAGGAUCCUUUUUCGCUUGAAAAGAUGACCACCCAAGAUCUUUGUCAGGUUUUCAGCAGAAUAUUCGGGUGUGAAACCUUAGUUAUGGACAAGCAAUGGCUUAAACACUGUAUUGUGUUUGGUUUACAGAACCAAGGUGAGUUAAUAGAUGGUUUGGACCAUUUGGAAUGUGGUACAACUUCCAAGGUCAAUGAAGGAAAAGCUGUCCACUUAACAUGUACAGCAUUGUCUGGAAUUGCUCCUGACUCUACAGAAAUAUUGGGUGCCCAACUCAUGUCAGCAGAAAAGCAUGUGAAAAGGGAGAAGCUUACUGGUUGCAACUCUUUGGAGAGUAUGUCUUCUCCAGUUAGAGAUGUUGGAUUUUGUUCCUUAGGUGAAAGUAAUCCUGUAGAUGUGAUUGUUACACGGCAGCAAACGCAUAGGCCUACUAGGACAUGCACCAAAAGACUGGAACAGCAAGACUCAAGAUAUCAGCACCUAAAUAUUGGGGCAUUCUAUAAGAAUCGAAGAGAUGAAUUCCUUCAUGUUAGAUCUCACAAGCAGCAUCAUGAAAAGGGAUCAGGAACUUCACAAAUGAUUUGUCAAGAAGAAUGUCUGAGAGGAUCUUCUGUUCAGGUUCCACUCGAACUUUCAGUCCAGAUAGGACACUUGACAAAAAGCACAUCUUUGGUUGAUGAUUUUGACAAUUGCAACGACGAGGAGGUUUCAGUUUCCAAUGAAGAUUUUGAUAAGGAAACUUCUUCAGCUGACUCACAGGAUAACAUUUCAAAAAGUGAAUGUGUGAAAAGGAGAAGGGGGCUUAGAAAGAAAAGACAGCGUCACCAGAGGUGGACAACUUGUGAGGUGAUGAAAUUAAUUGAGGGUGUUUCUAAGUUCGGAGUCGGAAAAUGGACUCACAUAAAGAAGUCAUUAUUUUCAUCAUCUUCUCAUCGCACAUCUGUAAAUCUCAAGGACAAAUGGCGAAAUCUUUUAAAGGCUAGCAGCAACGAGACACAAAAAAGGAGAAAGGUAGAGCAAGAGCAAACACAUGCAUCACAUCAACUGCCAGAUUCGGUUUGGCGUCAGGUUAGGGAGCUGGCUGUUAUCUAUUCAUAUCCAAGGAAAAGCAAGUCCAAAGUCUCAUGCACUAGUUUAGCCUCAUCGACUCCCAGCUACUACUGUUAAUUCCAAAUUCCUUUAUACUGUUAACAAUUGCUGUUGUGAGUUAGUAACUAUUAAAGCUAGAAACCACUGGAAAUUUGGUACAAGUGGAAAGCUGGAUAGUUAUAGAAAGCUUUAGUUAGAAGUUGAGCCAGUAAGAAGAAAGAGUGAAAAAAAAAAAAGAGAAGAAAAGGCUAUUUUAAGAAUGCCUUUCAUCUUCAAAUAGAUUGUUCUCCCUUCUAUUCAAAUGCAUCAUAGGUAAUACCCCAGUAGGUUAAAAAGGAAUGUCUAUAGAUAGUGGCUUUUCUUUUCUUGUCGUGAAAUAUUAGCCUCUGAAUAUGCUAUGCCAUAGUUAAUGACAUGUUCAUAUAUAUACCUCUUCCUUAGACAGCUAAGUGUGAUUUUUAACUCCAAACCUUUUGGGUAAACAGAAAAUUUUUUUAGCA